CAUGCUGGGCGAACAGUUGGAUAGCGAACUCGCGAGCGAAAGCGUCUCCAUUGAAUUUGCUGCUGGUGGUCGGUUCGUUUCUCGUUGAGGUAGCCCCAAGGUGGUUGUGGUGGAUCUGGUUGAGCGGCGGUGGUGGUGCAGUGGUUGGCGUGCACUUACCUUCUUGCACCUCGAGUAACCUGUACGCGGUCGUUAUCGAACCUCCUUACCCACAUUCGCAAACAUAUCAUUCGAAAUGGAACAAAGUGUGUACUGAACGAUUCGGCGUGCAAUUAGAGGUGUUUUUUGCAAGAGGCUCGAAUUAAACGUUGGGAACGCACUAAAAUUUGGAAUAUGUUCUUCUACAGAUUGUUCGUUCUGCUCUUGUUUGCUAUAGGAGCAUCGAUAGCUCUCAAGUGCUACUCAUGCGGCGAAGAAAACAUAUAUCUCGGCCAUGAAUACCGUACUCCUCUGCCCUGUGAGGAUAUGGACAAAAGUGAGAACCUGGAGAAUUUCAUUAUUGAAUGUCCUGACAACUUCCUUGGUUGUACAACUCAGUUCAAAGAUAAUGAGGUAACCAGGACAUGUGACACGGUUCCUUUAAUCGACGACUGCAAAACUGCCAAUGGUAUCACCUAUUGCUACUGCAGUCAGGAUCUUUGCAACGGCAAACAGUCACGAGCCGAUGCCCACAAGGCUUCCAGAGAUCUCCUGACAAACAGUAACAAUAAUUAUCCUAGUGACGACGAGGACUAUGCCGAGAUGUCCGGGCACGGGGCGAACAGCGACGAGGAGGACGAGAGCGAGGAAAAUGAUAGUAGUAGCUAUAGUAAUAGGGCGUCUAGUCGAUGGAAUCCAACCGGUUGGGUUUGUCUAGUUGUUAGCGUCAAUGUAUUUAUGUUGAGAACUUUUUUUGUUAAACAGUAAAAAGUUUCGUAGACUCUCCUAGAUUUAUUCCAAUUUAUCUGUGAUAUUAUUUUAAUUUUUUGAGUAAUUCAUUUUUUAAUAAGACACACAAACAGACAUAUUUUUUAAUCCCCAGAGUUCAGAUUUUUGUAUAUUACCUACCUGUAUAUUGGAAGUAUGUAAAACUGGAAAAGAGAUUAAACUAAUAUAUGUACGGUAUACCAAAAGCAGGA